UUCAAGGCAGCGCACCCGCAAAAACUGCGCCUCGCCCAAUCAACACACGAGUCUCCCUCUCUUGAUGCUACGGAUCCAGAUAUACAACGUCCAAAAUGCCUCCCAGACACCAAACCCUUCCUCCGGCGCAGACCUCCUCCGCCAAAGAGGCCCAGAAGUCCUUCUACUGCAGCCUCUGCUCCAAAGGCUACUCCCGCAUGAACGACUAUGAAGCCCAUCUCAGCAGCUACGAUCACAGCCACAAGCAGCGCCUCAAGGACAUGAAGGCCAUGGUGCGCGAUCCCAACGCCGGCGCCAAGGCGAGAAAGGCAGAAGCCAAGGCAGACGGCAUAGUCAGCAUCAAGCUCAACGACCAGGAUGCGCCGUCAUCAAGCGGUGGCGGUGCCGGCAGUGGUGGUGGAGGGGGCUUCAAAAAGGGCGGCUUCAAGAAGACUGGCUUCAAGAGCGCUUUUGCUCCUGCAGAGCCUGCAGCAUCGGUCGAGGCACCACAGACGGCAUCGACAGAUUCACCUCAUAAACUGGGAGACCGACGCCCUGGAGAACUGAUGGAAACGGAGGAGGCGGCCUCGACUCUGCCAUUGGCGUAUAAGAGCUCGCUGGUGGAGAGUGAUACGGAGGACGAAGGAUACGAGCUGUACGACCCGAGAUUUCCCACUGAUUGACGCGGUCAGCGCCAAAAGCUUGACGCUGAAUCAACAAUCGGAUGCCGUCUUCUAUUAAUGGGUAUUGGAAAUACUACACAAGCAUGAUGCUACCUGAAAACGCCGUCUCUUUUAAUGUCGCUCAGCGCCAGAACCCCUACAUCUCAUCAGGCUGCAUCCACCUAUGAGAGUCUAUCUGAGAAAGGUCCUCUUCCAAAAGGCCAAUCAUGUUACGGCUGCCGAAAAACCAAUCUGCAAGCUGCGACACCUGACCACCGCCUUGAACUGGC